AUGCUGAUUAACUUUCUUGAACUAAAGACCCUAUACAGACCCAACUACUUGUCAGACCUGCUUUUGUUUAACAACAAGGAAAUUAAAAUCGAUGGCAAUUCAAUAUUCUACUCAAAUUGGUCAGAAAAGGCGGUCUUGUCAAUUCAGGAUCUUCUCGAUUGUAAUGGAAAGUUCUUAUCAUUUCAAACAUUCCAACAAAGAUAUAACAUAAAAUGUAAUUUUUGAAAUUAUCUUCAACUUCUGUCAGCGAUGCCAAAAUAUCAACUUGAGAAGGUGAGAAUCGUAUCUCCUGUUGACAUGCAUAAUUUCUCAGGUAGCACUUCCUACAAAGUCUCUGGCUCCAUUGUCACAGAUUUAAAGAAAAUUAAUAGCAAAGAUUACUACCAGCUGUACGUUAAUGCGACCAAAAUCGAACCCACCGGUCAAAAGAAAUGGCUAAAAGAUCUUAACCUGAAAAAUUUUAAUUGGAACCUAGCCUUCACUCAGGUAAGCAAAACAUGCAAAGAAAAUAAACUUAGUCACCCGGAAAGAGUUAUAUGCCUGUGUAAUUGAAAGAGACAGUAAAAGUCUUCAUUGUAAUGAAUCCGACUCCAUUCUGCAUUCCUUUGUUGAUUGUGAAGAGGCUAUGUCCUUCUUUGAUAAAGUUAUUUCCUGGUUUAACAAAACAAACAAUGCGAAAAAAAAAUACUACCUAAAUUCAACUAUUGCUUACUCUUCGCCAAAUACUUCUUAUAUUGUCAAAAACUAA